CCCCCCCAAAAGACCGACCGAGCUGCCUGUCCACCAUCCGCUCCUCGCUCCCUUACCACAUCCGAUCUUUGCACUGCUCGCUUGCUCUCCCCGCUCUGUCCCGCCCAUCGCUCUAUACUCUCGCCACCCUCUCUACUUUAUCCACUGGCCACUCCCCCACACAUUCUCUCUUGCUUUCUCUUCUCUCUCUACAAGAUACUCUCGGUUUACUACCUUGCUAUCCUUUGCCUCCAUCCAGCAGUCGAAUAUUCGUGCUAGCGAAUAUAAAGUGCCAGCUUUACAAUCGACAUGCCUCCAAUCAGAUCGGUUACCAGCGUUCGCAUUCCGCAAAAGACCGAACGCACUCAUGAAGAGAACCAGGAAAGAGCCUAUAUCGCUGCAUCGCGCCGAAGUGACCGUAGUCUUGAAGCUCGCAUGGAAUCUGCUCGACGAGCCUCGGAUAUCCACAAGAAACGUACCGGCCGCGCUCUCCGUGUUACCGAGAAGGAUGUCGUCAACGAGGAGAUGUAUGAGGAGGAGGACGAGGAUCUGGAGGCUCAAAUGCGUCGUCUGACUGCCCACAUCAACACUUCCUCGCCAGAGUUCAACCGUCGUCUGCAAGCUCUCCUCUCCACCCAAAUCUCGAUGCGUAUGGCAGUGAACAAUGGCAUGUACUCCAACGGUGCUGGCUUUGCUCCCAAUGCCUACGCACAGAACUUGUUCAACAUGCAGGGCACCAUGCAGAACAACAUGAUCAAUAUGCAGAAUGCCCAAAACUUGCAAAACGCUCAGAAUAUGCAGAAUAUGCAGAACAUGUCCAACAUGCAAAACAUGCAACAGUUCUCGAACAUGCAGACCAUCAGCCCUCAGAUGAUGGGACCACCUGUACGACAGCAACAACAGUCGACCCAGCAGCCACAGCAGCAGCAACAACAACAACAACAACAACAACAACAAGCCAAUUACCGCCACUCUCCUUACCAGCAGCAUAUGCGUCCCGUUGCACAUCACCGCACCUCAUCCAUGAGCUCGACAUCGCCCUCGCAACAAUCGCUGUCACCCGUGAUUCAGUCAGGACCUGGCUCUCUCAAUGACCGACGCGCCUCUGUACAAGCUCGACCGUCUCUUUCCAGGAGCUCGUCCAGCUUGCAUUCGCUCAAGUCAGAGUCAGCUAGACCCGCACACCUCGGUGCGAAACGCACUCCUUCACAGACACCUUCGCCAACUUCGCAGAACAAUCCACCACUGUCAGCCAUUCCAAGCAGCUUCGAUUCCCUUCAGCAGACAAGCAUCAGCCCACUGACUUCCAUGCUCCCUGCCGAGUCUCAGGUCAUGAUGAGCUCGGCUCUCGACCCCAACGACCCAUCUACCAACAUGCUACUGGGUGGCAAUAUGUUCUCUAAUCAACCAUUCUUUAACUAUUAUAAUAACUACCCUGGCCAACCGUCGAAGCCUUCUAUUGAUUCGAUGUUUGAUGGCAUGAACCAGACAUUGUCCACUAGCAACAUGCCACAAUUGGAUACAUCUCUACAGUGGUCGAGUGAGCCUCAGUCUGCGACGAACCUCACCUCCGCUACCACGGACAUAUACCCCACUUUUUCUCCAGACGAAACCACAUUUUUCGACUCUGCGUUUGAUACCUCUACGGACCUUUCACGGAACAAUAGCAAUCAGGGAAGUACCGGCCAAGCGUACAACGCUGAGGACUUUAAUGAUUUGUUCGACUGGAACUCGGGAUCCUACUCUCAAUGAGUGGCGAUCCAGCUUCUUUAAUACCCUUUUCUUUUUGCAUCCCCGCGGCGUUAUUUCUCAAUUAAGGCAACAAUUGGUUAUUGAAU